CUUGCUGUGGUGUCAGUGGAUGGAGUGCUUCUCAUCUCAGACGCUGUCUCACUGACUUCCUCUUGGGUUCUCGAGUCACCUGCCUCCCCCGAUGUAUCGCUCUUCUUCUUCCGCUUCUUGUGCCUUCUCCGUCUCUCUCGUCUCCGCUCCUCUGACGCCGACUCGGCCGCCGCUCCAGCCAAACAUUCCAGGUCCAGCGUAUUCCUCGACUCUAUGGUUUUGAGCAGCUCCGCCACGCGGUGAGGCGGGAUGCGCAAGCUCCCCAGCUCUAUGCCGCCAUCACCCACUCCAUCCCCUUCCGACUCGCUCUCAGAGACGUGCCACUCGGCCAUGGAGGAGCCAAAGAUAUCUCCCUAAGCCAAAAAGCUAACACAUUCGUGGGAAAACAAUUUCAAAAAAUGGAGGACGGGUUUCGUUUAAUUGGAACGGACUUGACCUUUGCCCCUUUUUACAGAUGUCUCUUCCUACCAGUGUUAGCAAGCAAGCCUCUGGCUGUGUAGUGCUCCGAGUGAAGAGAAAGAGGGAGGAGGACCCCGCUGAGGCUCUAGUUGUAGCGAAACACAAUAAACUUGACACUGGUACUAGUGUGUUCCAUUUCGUUGGGACUCUCAGAGAAGACGCCAGUGAUGGGGUGAUACUGGAUAGACUCAAACACUACAGAGAUCGCUCAGACUGUGUCAAGUCAAACCCUUUCGCCAGACUCACUCUCGAGGACACCAAAACCCAGACCAGAGAUACGACAAAGGCAAAGUCUUCUGCACAGCGUUUCAAAGUCACGUCUCAGUUGAGGUGUCUCCAAGAGGAGUGUGGCUCUAGUGGAGGAGGUGACAGUUGCUCUCCAGUCACUGGUGAUGGAGAGAGAGUGGCUACAGCUACAGCUGCUGCUGCUACUGCUGCCAGUGGACCUACUGGGGUGGAGAUACACAUCUGUGAUGUCCAUCAAGACGAUUCCGCUGUCGAGGAUUGCUAUAUAUUAGCUGCAGGUUGUCAGGGGCGACUGGAGCCGUUACCUGCAAUGGUUCAGUAAUGCUCAGAGAGAAAACGGAGCACAAAAAAUCUGGUGCAGCAUAGAAUUAAUGCAGCUCAGAAUUCACUCUGAUAUUGUAUGUUUCAGGCUAUGUGUAUGACUUGUACUGUACCCAAGAGCCACGACUGUUGAACAUGGAAGCAGCAACAUUGUAAGUCUCUUUCCUGCAUGUCUCUCGAUAGUUUAUGGUGUAUACCAUAUAAUUUGUUUUAGCUAAUCUUUGACAAAAGUUACUGGAGCUUUUAUGAUAUAUAAUACCUGGAACCGAACUGAAAUCCUUAGCCACAAAUAUUCCUUCAACUUCCAACUUGGCUGUUGAAUGUAUGCAUGUAUCUACUUGUGUAUACUAAUUAUGCAGUGACUGGAGCUCACUGUCAGUGUAUGAGCCUGAGCUAGUCCAUGACAUCAUUGACGACAUGGAGGAGGCGUGUGAUGAUGAAGAUGACUCUAAUGAUGAAGACAACUGGCGAAAUGAUUAUCCCGACGAAGAGGGAUCUACUCACACUUCAGAUUCUGAGCUGGACGACUGUGGGGGAUACAGACACAGACAGGCUCGAUACAACUCAGAUGAAGAUUACCGAUUUGAUGACUACUUAUGACCCCAUACGUACAAACCAUCAUCGUUUUCUCUCUUCACAAUUAACUUCAUUCCUGCCGUAUGCUGACCAAAAAUCACACAUUCUUUUUACAGGAUGCAAGUGUAUAAAACGAGACGGACGACAGUCUAUUUUGUUUAUGCGCAUGCGCACGUGUUUACGAUGGCGGCGAGGGUUGUGCAGCUACUAACUGUGGCCGUAUCUCUGACGAGCCUCCUGCCGCCAUGCAGCAGUCGUCCUCUGGACCAGAGGCAUCAGAGACUGGAGAUCCUACUGCAAAAAGGCGUCGGAGCGGCCGACAGCAGCGAGAUACUCUGUCAUCUCUGCGAAGCAGCGGUGGCUUUGAUUCAAGAGUACCUGGAGGAGGGAGGCUCAGUGGACGACAUGUUCCCGGUCCUGGAGCCGCUCUGUGUCUUCUUCCUGAACCAGAGUUUUGGCUACUAUGGUCCCUACAUGUGUCCCGGGGUGAUUCACUCCUAUGGACCUGUGCUGUUCUAUGUGCUAGCUGAGCGAACCCUAGACCCGUUGGAACUCUGUCAGUUUGUUCGCCUCUGCAACGAGACACAAGAACCUACUCACACCCUCCCCCUCCUCUCCCCCUCCCUCUUGAAACAAUCCUCGGAGACACAUAGUGUGUCGACUGGCUCUAGCCGUAAUGUACUGAGUUCUGCAAAUACUACGGGAACAAGGGCACAGCCAUUCUCAAGGCGAAGAAGAAGAGAGAGCAUACAGCGGCCCACUGGAGCUGGCAGAGAAGGUGUUAGUAGGAGCGAAGAUGUGAUUAUGUUUCUCCAUUUAUCAGACAUCCAUCUGGACAGGCAAUAUUCUGAGGGAUCACCAAGUCUGUGCAACCUCUACCUCUGCUGUAGGAGCUGGUACAACGGAACUGCCCCAGCAGGUCACUAUGGGAACUACAAGUGUGACUUACCUCUGGUGACACUGGAUGUGGUGGUGGAGACUAUUGCCUCUCUGGAUCCACAGCCUGACUUCAUCAUCUAUACAGGGGACAACUCGCCUCAUGAUCUGUGGAAUGAGACGUGGGCCUCGCAGUUCGAGGCUACCGACUACCUCGUCUCUUAUCUGGCUGAGAAACUGCCCCACACUCCCAUCUAUCCAGCUCUUGGGAACCAUGAAUCUUACCCAGAGAGUGAAUAUAUUGGAACACUGCCACAGUAUCAGGAGCUGACUAAGAGGAUGGCUGAGUACUGGCAGAAGGGGGCCACUCUGCCGCAGUCGGCAGUGGAGACCAUUGCAGAGGGCGGCUACUAUACCCUCCUCAUCAGUGAUGGCCUCAGACUGGUCUCCUUCAACUCUGACUACGGGUAUUUUCUCAAUCUGUACACUCUCCUGAAUGGCCAGAACCCAAAUGUGGCCAGACAGCAGACCUGGAUCACUGACACUCUGGAACUGGCCGAGAAGGCAGGGGAGAAGGUUGUGAUGAUAGCCCACAUUCCUCCUGGUGACCCUGGCAAUACUCUUCGUGAAUACGAUGAGUUCUAUUUGAACCUCACCAAGCGUUUCCGUGACACCAUUGUGGGACACCUCUUUGGCCACACCCACCAUGACGAGUUCAAAUUGAUCCAGGACCAGGAGGGGGUGUAUGGAACAGUGCUGGUGUCUCCCUCGGUGACUCCUCGAGGCCGCAGCAAUCCCUCCUUCAGACUCUUCACCAGUGGACCCUUCCUCCUACCUCCUCCUGGACUACCAGCAGUUCCAUCUCAACUAACCCUCGCCAAUGAACAAGCAGGUAGAGGAGUCAAGCCGAAGAUGGAGUUGGCGUACAGUACGUCAGACCUUUACCAUCUCCCUGACCUCUCUCCCUCCUCGUGGGCCUCUCUAGUCGAGAGGUUCUCCCAGUUCCCUGACCUGGUGUCAGAGUACCGCUACAACAAGUACGGCCAGAGCAGCUCACAUGACCGGUCAUGUGACUCCCAGUGUCUCCGAGAGACUAUCUGCACCAUCACCAAUGUUGUCAACUCUGAACGGAGAUUCUGAGAACAAGGAUACACCAUGAGCUCACAGUAACACUCUUGUGUGUCUUUGUUCAUGCAGCGGUAUCAACACAAUAAUUGCAGAUGUUAAUAUCAACAUUGACAAAUAUAGGGAGCUAGCAUGCCAUAGAUGGUACAUGUAGUGGAGGUGGCAUUGUGUAGUAGGUUACUAACACCACAAACAGUGAUACUGGUAACAUAUAUCCUAUACAUCACCCUGAACUUUAUUACCUAUCAAUGACAGGG